AAAUGUAAUGGAUGGCAGAUAUGAAGAAACCAUACAUGUAUACCUAACUUAAUGUAGAAAUUGAAUUCUAGGUUCUACAUAAAUUGAAAAUCUUGAAUACAAAGUAUCAAACUUUUUUAACAACCGACCUUGUAAUCAUUGUGUUAUCAUAAAGUACUACUUUAGUUAUUUUGCUGACACACUGUAUAGUUGGCUCAGUUCUCUUUCAAUGUGAUAAAAAAUUAAACACAAACAAAUCAAAGGCAAUAUAGAAGCAUGGAUUUGGAAGACAAGUUGCUGGGCUAUAAAGCUCAAAAUUACGUUUCUAGCUCCGAAAGCGAGGACAACGAUGAUGAAUGUAGCGACCAGGAAUGCGCAUGUGAUUCAAAGCUUGGAAAAGAGAAGGAAACACCGCAACUUGAUUUUCGUAUUGACGGACCAAAGACAGGGCCCAAAGGCGUUAUCGAAGAUUAUCGAAGGUAUCGGCAGCUUGAGGCCGAGCAACGCGAGGAAAAGAAAGCGGAACUUGAAGCUCUUGCCAAGAAGUUUUCCGUGACUUGUCAGAGCAGCCUAGAUGAAGAAAAAGAGAAGAAGGAGUUGGAAUUCGACGAGGAAGACGAAUUCGUCAAAUUGUAUCACAUGAAACGUUUACAGGAGAUGCAGAGGAGAGCAGAACAAUAUGUCGCCUCGAUAAGGCCUCAAUUUGGGAUACUUCGUGACAUCAAAGGUAAAGAAUUUCUUGACGUUAUCGACAAAGAGAACGCGGAUGUUGUCAUUGUAAUUCACUUACAUGAAGCAAAUGUCGAUGGUUGUCCGGCUAUGUCGGGAAGUUUAAAAGUCUUGGCCCAACAGUAUCCAAGGGUUAAAUUUUGCCAAGUUUUGGCGUCCGAAACGGGAAUAAGUAAAUAUUUUGUUCAAAACGGUCUACCAGCUCUUCUUAUCUAUCAGAACAAACAGUUGAUUGGAAAUUACGUCAAAAUGACGAACGUUUUUGGCGAUGAUUUCUUUGCAACCGACGUGGAGAGCUUUUUAAUAGAAAAUGGAAUUUUAUCCGAAAACACUCCAGAUAUGAGCACAAACUUGCGGUCAAACCACAACGAGAAUGACGACAGCGACUGAAACUUGUCAGCAAAAACUGCAACAAAGUUAUCCUUCUGACCACGGGCACAGAAAGACCCUGCGGUAAUCCUCUACUUUCUUAUUUUAUAAAGAAAAUUGCAAAAUUAACGUCGCGUGAACACUAAAUUUGAGCAAUGCUCGUAUUCAGUGAGCAAUUCUUCAAUUUCUUAAUUCCUGACGACAAUUUCAUUACACAUAAAAUAAAACAUAAUCAGAAAAAGGACAUCUUGUAAACUUAGAUUCAAGUUAUUAAACACGACAAUUAAAAGUGUAAUGUUUUAUUAGUAAAUAAAAGUAGUUUAUUUUAUUCCAUAA